AAAAUUAUAAUAUUGAUACAUACAAUUAUUUUAACGAUGACGGCUUAUGGAAACGUUUAAACAACUUAAAUGCAUCAACAAUAGUUGAAUAGAAAAUCAAAUUCUAUUAAAUUCAUAUUUUAUAAUGAACUCAUAUGUCUAUAGUCUAUAUUACUCUAAAUAUAACUAUACAACUAAUAACUAAUAAGUAAUAAUAUAACGUUGUAACCAACGCACGUCUCACGGUACCGGUACGUAUUAACUAUCGAAAUAAGAAGGUACAAAAUGCGGGUAAAAAUGAAUUAUGAAAUUAAUGAACUAUUUAUUAUUAUAAGGGUCUAUUUAUUGAUGUCAUAAUUUAAUUUUCAAAUAAUAGAUUAUGGAUUGCACAGAAAACAGAAAAUGGAUUAAACGUUGUAUAGUUUUACUUUCUUCGAUUAAAACUGCCUUUAGUACCUCGAGUAGUUCAGACGGCGAUUACAAUUUUUGUCUAAGUUUGAUAUUGAAAAUGGGAAUAUAAUAGGUAUUAUUUUAAUUUUUCUAUUUAGAAAUGAAAACAAUAAGAGAGAGCCUGAACUCCGAAGCAAAAAUAAGACGAAAAAUAAUGAAAAUUAAUUUUAAACGGGAUAAAAUAGAUAUCUUUACGAAGAUGAUAAAUAACAAAAUAAGUACUAUACAUAUCUGCAAAGACGUAGAUGUGUUAAAAGAAUUAUACCACCAAUAAAAUCAAACCGACUAGUUUUUAGUUUAGUGAUUACAUGUGUCAAGAUUAAAUAUUAACACAAUAUUAUUGGUGUUCUCAUUUUGUACUCGGUCUAGUGCCGAUAACGAAUAAUAAUUUAUUAUUUUUGAGCAUCAUACAGUAAUAGUAACAAAUUAACAACAUUGGUAUUAUUAUACCAAGAGGCAGCGCUACCCACAAUUAUCUAAUAUAUUAUUAUUAUCUAAAAACAUCCCAAUGCACACCAACAGCAUAUGGACGAAAAUAGAAAUAAUUCUCGAUGCGGUAAAAAUAUUAUUGUUUAUUAUAGUGAUAACAAUAUAUAGAUUGGUUCCCGUCGACGCUCGUCGGUGCAAAGUCUAAUUACUGCUAAACAGCUGAGCAUGAUUCCCUGUCCACUGGCUAUUACCAAUAAUUCAAACCAAAUAUGCUCAGUUCUAUUAUAGUCAUAUAUUAGUCGGACGCAGCUCCUGAGUCGACGACAUUCUACCUCUUCAAGAUAGUGUUGUUUAAAUAAUUGAAGAAUUCCAAAUAAUUACCAAAACAGAUCGAGAUGUCCGACAGCCAGGCACAACAGACUGAGGCUGUAUGGUGUCUCCAAAAUCAGCCACAACAACAGCAAAUUCAGCGGCAACGAAAACCAGUACAACCAGCGCAGCGGCGUCAGUCUGUGACCAAAGAGAUAAGCUUGGAGUGCGCCAGGGACUUGGAGUGCGACAAGUGCGCGCGCAUGUUCCCGACCAAGAGGUUCUUGGCCCAGCACUUGGCGCCGGACAAGCGCAAGUGCCAACUGUGCUGCAAACGGUUCCGGCACGUUAGCAACCUGGUGAACCAUGUGCGUGUGCACACGGGCGAAAAGCCGUACACGUGCGUGGUGUGCCGCAGGUCGUUCGCACAGGUGGGCAACCUGCGCACUCACGUUCGCGGCGUCCACUCCGGCCACACGCCGUACGCGUGUGACGUCUGUGGUCGGCAGUUCACGCAGAUGGGCAACCUGGCCACGCAUAAACGCGUCCACGACGUCGACAAGCCGUACGCGUGCGACAAGUGCCGAGUGUCCUACUGCCAACAGUACCAGUUGGUCAGGCAUCAGAAGACACACCGCGUAACCGUUUCUCCUCCUGGUCCUUUGCCGCUGUCACCUUCUCAGAGCCAAUAAAGGGAUUGCGGUUAAUUGAUCAUUGUUAUAAUCAGUAUUAUUAUUAUUAUCAACAGAUCACGGCGUACUUCUCACUCCCGGGGUGUCCCGAAGAAAAUUGAAGACGAUUAUAAUUUAAAAAUAAUAUUAUCAUGCACAAAGUGUAUCGCAUUAUAGAUUCUACGAUCACAAUAUAUUUUCUUGUUAUCUUGCCAACGGGUGCCUCUAACAGUUAUUUUAGUAAUAUUUAUGUUUUAUUUGUAUACUUUUAUUUAAAUACUUGUCGUCACACGCCACGAACAAGUAAACAAAAUUUACAUUUGCAUAUUUUAUCUCGAGGAGUAAUAAUUAAAAAUACAUUUUUGUUUGUUUUACCUUUA